AAGCAAUACAGUUUCAUGGAGAAAUGGAAUCAAAGUUCAAGUGAUUUCAUUUUGUUGGGGUUGUUUCCACAAAAUCGAACCGGCCUUCUUCUUUUGCUGCUCAUCAUCCUCGUGUUCUCUCUGGCCUUGUUUGGCAACUCAGCAAUGAUCCACCUCAUAUGUGUGGAUCCCAGACUCCACACCCCCAUGUACUUUCUCCUCAGCCAGCUCUCCCUCAUGGACCUGAUGUACAUCUCUAGUACUGUUCCCAAGAUGGCCUUCAACUUUCUCUCUGGACAAAAAAGCAUCUCCUUCCUGGGCUGUGGAGUGCAAUCCUUCUUUUUCCUGACCAUGGCAUGUUCUGAAGGCUUGCUCUUGGCCUCCAUGGCUUAUGAUCGUUUUGUGGCCAUCUGCCACCCGCUUCAUUAUCCAAUUCGUAUGAACACAAUGAUGUGUCUGAAGAUGAUCAUAGCAUCCUGGAUAUUGGGCUCCAUCAACUCUUUAGCACACACAGUCUAUGCCCUUCAUAUCCCUUAUUGCCGGUCUAGGUCCAUUAACCAUUUCUUCUGCGAUGUUCCAGCCAUGUUGCCCCUGGCCUGUAUGGACACUUGGGUCUAUGAGUAUGUGGUGUUUGUGAGCACAAGCCUGUUUCUCCUACUUCCUUUCCUUGGCAUCACUGCUUCCUAUGGACGGGUCCUUUUUGCUGUCUUUCAUAUGCGCUCAAAAGAGGGAAAGAAAAAAGCCUUCAGCACGUGUUCAACACAUUUAACUGUGGUGACAUUUUACUAUGCACCUUUUGUCUACACUUAUCUUCGACCUAGAAGUCUCCGUUCCCCUGCUGAAGAUAAGAUUCUGGCUGUCUUCUACACGAUCCUCACCCCCAUGCUCAAUCCCAUCAUCUACAGCCUGAGAAAUAAGGAGGUGCUGGGGGCCAUGACCAGAGUGUUUGGUAUAUUUUCUUCCACAAAAACGUGAUCAACCAUCCCUCCUCCUCUUUCAGUUGUCCCUGGACAAUGCCAUGAAGCAGUGCUGUCCACUGUAAAUAUAAUGUGAACCACAUGCAUGUCUUAAAAC